AGGAACGAGAUGUAGAUAUGUUUCUAAAGGAUCUGGAGUUCUCCAAAGAGAAACAGGCCGAACUGAUUGGAGAUCGGUAAGAAAUUCCAAGAACUUAUAAUAAAAUCAGUUUCAUAUUAUUCUGACACUGCGAUAGACCAACGAAAAAUUCGUUGGCUCGAGCGGGAUUUGAACUCACAUCUUCGGGUAUCUAGACCGCCGCUCUACCCAUUGAGCUAUCGAGUCAACGGGGAUUGGUAGUCUUAUCCAAUUUAAGUGCACAAAAUAGUUUUGUGACUACUUAACGCUUGUCUUAUAGAGGACGCGCAGUGUUUCAAUACGAAAAACCAGUUUCAUAUUAUUCUGACACUGCAAUACACCAACGAAAAAUUCGUUAAUUGGCUCGAGCGGGAUAGGGUUAGCGUUAAUAUUUCGUGCACUUAAAUUGGAUAAGACUCGCUACCAAUCCUCGUUGACUCGAUAGUUCAAUGGGUAGAAAGUUCAAAUCCCGCUCGAGCCAACGAAUUUUUCGUUGGUCUAUUGCAGUGUCAGAAUAAUAUGAAACUGGUUUUUCUUAUCUCUGAGGAUGGUUCUGAAAUAGUAUAAAAAUAAAAUAAUGCACUUAUUUUGCAUAACAUAUACAAUCAUUUAAAUUUUAGCAUAUUUAGUGGGGUAUUUAUACUGUGCAUGUUAAUUGCGUCCACCGAUCCGCAUUUUGAAGGUCCAUGCAGGAACUAGGCUGAUUGUUUGACAUUCUUAAUAUGUUUAUUUUAGCCAAACAUUUGUCGAUUCACAGGUUUUUGCUCCUUGCACGAAGAUUAAAAUAAAUUCAUAUAAAUGUAUUUAAUUGCAGUCAUAUAAUUAUAUGUGCAUGAUUUUCAAAUGUAAUUGAAUAUCUUAAGCCAUUCGGAAUACAUGCAGUCAUUAUUACACAAAAUGGUGUAAUCUGCAUGCUUAUUGUUUUUUUUGUUUGAACAUACACCAAUAUACAGUUAAUGCCUGCUUUUUAUGUACUAUUUAGAAAACGAGCAGGAGUGUUUUAUUAGGUUUAAAGCCACGAGCGCGCAGCGCGAGUGGCUUUAGACCUAUAAUAAAACACGACCUGCGAGUUUUUUAAAUGGCUUCAAAAACGUUCGCAUAAUAAGUCAAAUCUUUAUAUAAAAAUCUUUAUAUAAAUUAUAAAAAUCUUUAUAUAAAAAUCUUUAUAUUGUUUGCAUAACAAUGGUCUUGUGUUAAAGUGUUCUUUAGCUGGUAUAAAGACGUAUGCACGUGACUAAUUUCUUACUCAAUCAAGAUUGGAUAAUUGCUUCAUGAAUUAUUAAUGAGUUUUUGAAUAAUAAAUAUAAUUUAUGUCUUCAUUAUGAAAGACACUUUCAGUGCUUCGAACGUUAUCUGAAUUCCUGAAAUUACUUAAAAUGUUGUGAAACCAAAGGUCAGUGGUGUGUACUUUCACACUAUAGCUAUGUCACCACCAUCUCCACCACCUGAGAAUGGCAUGUGUUUCUUCCAUUUUUUCUAAAGUCAGAGUUAUCUUCGUUUUUAGAGCUACAUUGGAUAUCAACAUGAAACACAUCUCACUGGAGAGAAAGACUGAACAUGAUAUCCAUUGCAGAAAAUUAAGAGAGAAAGAUAGGGAUCUGAAGUACGUUUAAAAUUACUGAAUGUAUUGUUGUCCAUGCAUUGUAUGCUAAAGUUGAUUAAAAUGUAGUUGUAAUUCGUCAUGCCCUAUACGUGUGGGCUAUACAAUUAUGUUUACUGUAUAUAAAGCCUGGUUUAUAUGAGUGAGAUAAUUAAGUACUGCAUAUCCAUAUGCAGAAAUAUAAAAUACUUUUAUAUUUACUUUUGAGGAGGACAAAGAGGAAAGAAUUUUCUUUUGAAAUGAAGGGUCUUUUUGAAAUCUAGAACUUUCUUCACACUGAAAAAUACUGACCAUGAGGACGCUUCUUAGCUAUACUUUAUGAUAUUUAAUAUAAAACAACAAAAAAGAUAACAAUAUCAUAUCCUAAUAUUGGUGCUGAUUAAACUGUAUAUACAGUAUGAAAAAUAGAGAUCAAUCAAUCAUAAUUCAUAAAACGUAUCGCAUGAGUUUGACACUAGGCAAUUUUGUUUUCCAGAAACCUAAAAAAGGCUGAACUUCAAUUUAAAGUUGCAAGCGAUGCUUUAGAACAAGUAAAACUGGUGUAUGCUAAAGUUAAAUCACAACUUGAUAUUGCGCCAAAAGAUGAUGGAACGUUGUUUCAAAAAAGAAAAGAAUUGCAGAAAGAAGUGGAUUUAGCAAAGAAAACCUUGGCACAGCAAGUAAGAAACCUUUUAAUUAGUUUUAUGCGAUGUAAUCUGAAGUAGACAAAUAUAGAUUUUAGCAGCAACAGCAAUAAUUUGGGAUGACUGUAUACUGUCCACAUUUCCUACGAUAAUUUGGCAAAAUAUGCAACACUUUACGUUGAAAAAGUAAAUAAAAUUCUGUUUUUAAUUAAUGUCACAUUUUAUCCACGUCAAAUUUUGAAAAUAAAAUCCUAAUUCCGUUACACUCAGCAGUACAAGCGUUUUCUGACUACUCAGAAUGGCACCACAUCGAGCAAGCUGGAAAAUUGCUUCACCACAGUGUGAAUCGCUUUGGUUUCAAAGACUACAUCAGUACAAACCACUGAUACAACAGUCUGCCAUUUGUAGGUACAGUUGGUAGAAUAUUGCACUUGCAAACAAGUUAAUUACUUUUUUAGAACGGAUAUACAUCUCAUGAACGUGCCAGGGUUGAACAAAUGAUUCUGGAGCAGGAAAAUCUCCUUCGUGAUCAGUCUAACCUACGACUGGAUGUCGUUGAUCUUAAACGACUUGCAGCUAUAAAGGUAAAUAUUCCCUUCCCAAGUUCUUUACAAAUCACAAAAACUGUACUAUCUACCCGUUAACAAAUAUAACAAGCUGUAAUAAGCCGGAGUGGUUUGAAUGAAAUUACCUGAAAAAUAAUUUAAAAUAGAACUAUUAUUAAUAAUUGCAAUACUACCAAAACUAGACGCGCACUUUAGUCACUUUGAAAUGGUGACCCAAUACGUUAUAUAAAGUCGUUAUAUGUUAGAAAAUCACAAAUACACCAAUUAAAACAUUCUGUUUGAGAAUUUUUCACACAUCAUACCACGCAAAUGGAGUGCAUGAAGUCGUUAUAAUGUAUCGUAUUUUAAAAAAAAUUAGUAAGGAAUCUAGUUACUUAUUGUCCCUUUGCAUAACAUUUAGCAUAACAGUAGUGCUAAUAAUAACAGUAGUCCCAUUGUCUUUCCAUUGUUUUUGAAAUCACACAAUAACGUUGUGAGUUUAUGACAUUGUGCAAAGAGCCUAUUGGCGUUCAAAAUUUUUAUAUUUCUCUAUACAUAUAUCUGCAUUUCAUUACUUACAGGCUGAUGAGAGAGAGAGCAAGGCACGUGAUUUUGUGAGAGCUGAGGUGAGUGGAUGCUGCAUUAUCGUGCAAAAUAUGUUGUCUUGUACAUCUGCAAAUAAAGCCUCACUUUUGUUAUGCUGUGUCUCGACACAGCAUAACAAAAGUGAGGCUUUAUUUGCAGAUGUACAAGACAACAUAUUUUGCACGAUAAUGCAGCACGAUUGUGCAAGAUGCGUAUGAUUAUAGAUUCUAUUUUACUAAGGAAUUAAACCUUCCUCAGUAAGAUGCAUCUGUAACGUUAAUUUGACACUAAGCAGAUUAUAGAUGAUGAUUAUGUUGUCGAUGAUGAGUAUGAUGUGGAUGACAAGAAUGAAAAUGAUGAGGAUUGGAGGAUGAUGCAGAUCAAUAACGAGGAUGAUUGGAAGAUGAGGAUGUUGCAAUAUGAUAAGGAGGAUGAUAAUGAUGAGGAUGAUGAGGAUAGUAAAGAUCAUGAGGAUAAUGAGAAUGACGGGUGGUGGGAAUGAGGAAGGAUGCUGUUGAUAAUGAUAAUGACGAGAUGAUGAUGAAGAUGACACUGAGGAUGACGAGGAUUAUCAUAAUGAGGCUUGUAGGAUGAUGAAGGAUGGUGGUGAUGAGGAUGUGGCAGAUGAUGAUGAUAAAUAAUGAGCUACGAGGAUACUGAUAAUGAUGAUGAGGAUAAUGAAAAUGAUUUGGAUAAUGAAGAUGAUGAUUCAUGAGGUGAUACUAAUGAUGAGGAUGAUGAUAAGGAUGACGAUAUUGAUGAGGAUGAGCAUGAAGCAGAUGAGGAUGAGUUUGAUGACAAUGAUGAGGAUAAUGAAGAUGACGAGGAUGAUGCGAAUGAUGAUUAUGAUGAUGAUGAUGAUGAUAAGGAUGUCGUUGGUCAUGUGCACAGGCUAUGUUCGACGUAACAUAUUGUGAUAUUACUUUUAUAGUUAAGAUAUCAAAGAGCCCAAGAGGAUGUUAAGACAAAAAACCUUCACAUUCAAGACAGCGCCAAGAAAUACUCUGAAAUGCAACACAAGUCAGUAAAACAUCCUGGCUUUCAUUUCAACCAUAAAAUGUCAUGAGAUCUUAUUACAUCGUAACAUUUUAGUGCUGUAUUAUUGAAAUUAAUCUUCUCAUGAUAUUGUAGGCUGUCGGAUUUCGCCAAACUCUACGAUGUUAUUAAAAAUGAAAGAAAUAAGUGUGUCAACCUUAUUCAAACUAGCACUCAGGUAAAUUUUUUUGACACACAGUGUAUCAUUUAAUUUUGUGUUUAUAAUUACAUUAAUUUAGUGGCUUGUCUUUUUAAAAGAGAGCGUCUGAAAUGCGUGAGAAAAUCAAGAUUUUGCAAAACGAAAUUGAAAUAUUGAGAUCCAAAGUUAAUUCUAAAGAUAGGUAAGGUAGCAGUGUUACUUUACGACUCGUAAUAAAUUUAUAGUUGUUUAGUAAAAUUAUACAACCAUUUUAUGAUAAUUUAUGAUAGUAUAGUCAAUCGUUUAUACGCAUAAAAUAUGUAAAUAGAUAUUCUAAUUUGCUAAAGGUUAUUGCAAAAGUCUCACUUGAAAAAGAACAACGCGAUAGCAAUCAGAGACAGUUUAAGAAAUGAAGUCAGCAAACAAGAUCGAAUUGGGGAGGAAAACAAAGAGAAACGUGAACAAAAGGUGAACUAUAUCCUGCGUGAGUAGUAAGCUAUUAAGCUAUAAGCGAGCGCGGGAUAUAUAACAGCUUAUCGCGCCUGGGCACGUAUGCCUCUGGCCAUUGACUCUUUAAAGUCUCCAAAUUCUCCAACUUAGCAACAACAACAAGAACUAAUACAACAACAACAACAACAACAACAACAACAACAACAACAACAACAACAACAACAACAACAACAACAACAACAAUUAUAAUUAUACGACAAAAACUACAGGCAACAACAACAAUCCAGCAGCAUGCGGCAACGUGAUACAGAUACAUGUACGACUGACGUAGUGACGUACCUAUUUUAUCAGAUUUCCUUCCUGCAUUAUUCAAUAUUCCUUCCUGCAUCAUUCGAUAUUCCUUCCUGCAUUAUUCAAUAUUCCUUCCUGCAUCAUUCGAUAUUCCUUCCUGCAUUAUUCAAUAUUCCUUCCUGCAUUGUUCAAUAUUCCUUCUUGCAUUAUUCAAUUCCUACCUUCAAUUCCUAAAAUACGGGAGAGGUGGUGAGGGAAAUAUUCAUUCAAAUUUUGUUUCAAAUCAUCAUAUUCCUACUUUAAAUAUUCUUAGUAUUUUUGCACAAGUGAACAUAACAAAUCCUACACGUUGAUUGGUCAAAUUUGACGUAAUAAGCUUUAUAUUCACCUACAGGUGAACAUGACAAAACAAAAAUGUUCAAAAUGGCGGCUAUCCGUUUUGUGGAAGUUUACUGACAAAGAAAUAAGCGAAAUUAAAAUAAAUUCAGUCUCAAAAAACAAAAGCUUGUGUAAAAAUACUAAAACAAUUAUUCGCCUCAGGCUCGGUGAUUAGCGGGGGAUAUUCACCUCGACUUUGUCUCGGCGAAUAUUCCCCGAUAAUCACCUCGCCUUCGGCGAAUAAUUGUUAAAUAUUCAAAGUGAAAUAUUCAUCAUUCCGCUUCCAUCCCGCUCAUAAUUAUACCUGCAGAAUUUAUUAUUUCAUGUAUUAUAUAUUUUAGAGGAUGGAUAUUGCAAAGUUGAACGAUUUAAUUAAUAAAGCCGAAGAAAACAUGGUUCAGGUUGGUUUAGUUAACAUUUGUAUAUAGUGUACAGUUACUAAAACCCCAGUUUUUUUUCAUUACCGUUUUGCAUACGCUAUAUUUUUUUAUUGAAAUGAAACUCAAAAGGCAUAAUGCAUGCUUUGAGUCGUUUUACUAUUAUCAAAUUAAGCAAGUGAUAUGUGGUAAAUAGAAAAGGAGAAAAAAGAAUAUUCCACAGUAUGUUAAUAUACAGGAUUUUACCACCCGAGAACAGCGACCCUCCACAAGGAUUCUACGAUAAUGAGUUUCUUUAUUAUAUUUAGCUACGGAAACGCUACGAACAAUCUAUUCAACAAAGAAAUGACAGGUAUGGUAAAUUGUAUACUGGCAAUAAUAAGAGUAUUAUUUCUUCUGGUUACAUAUUUUACAUUAAAUACUACACCUCAAAAAUGAAUAAGUUUUUGGAUCCAGAAAAGUAGAAGUUUAUACUUUCUAAUCUGACUUCAAUCUGUUUUUUCACUGGUCGAGAGCCAUGUCAAUUAUUGGAGGACAAAUGUACGGAUGACGCCAUUUCAAUGACGUAAUAUUUACAGCUCUCUCAGAAACAUCGCGAACCAAUAUUGUUUUGCACAGAUCAUGUCAAAUGGCGUGUGAUAUCUUUCAAUACGUUUUAAACCCCAAAACGUUUCGGUACAAGCUUAGUUUAGGUAAUUUUUCAAUUGUUUUGUUAUAUAUAUAUAUAUAUAUAUAUAUAUAUAUAUAUAUAUAUAUAUAUAUAUAUAUAUAUAUAUAUAUAUAUAUAUAUAUAUAUAUAUAUAUAACACAACUAGACAACAUUUUGCCCUGGUCUGUGCAGAGGACGUCGCCCUGACGACCUUUUCUUUGCUCUAUCAAGUUAUGACGUCAUACUGUGUAUCAGUUUGUAAAUGAACAGACAACGACAAAAUGCUAUUUGUUAUUUUAUAGGGGUAUUAAACUGAUUGAACGAAAUGAAGAAGUUUGUGUUUUCUACGAAAAGCUUAACGUACAAGGUUGGUGGAGUUCUGUUGUAGUGUUCGAUUAACUCCCGAUUACUCAAAAUUGGUUUCAAAUGUUGCUUUUUAGAGACAUUGCUGCGUAAUGGUGACAUGGAACUUCGAGCUAGACAGGAGGAAAUUAGGAUUCUUGAAUUGGAGGUAGAAUAUGAAUAUGCCCGACACCAUUAAUUGUCGAUAUAAAACAUACCAUUGCUUCAGGAUGAGAUAUGAAUACUGUAGACCUUCGUAUGCAAAUUAAUUAUUCCGGUUCAUGUGAUGUUUAUACAUUCUUAUCACUCAUGGGCCGGGGUGUAUGAAGGUCAAAUAGCGCUAUCCACCUUUCUAAAAUUGCCUGGAAAGCUAUGAAUCCCUGGAUAUGGGCCUCGCAAUUAAUAUAAAAAUGUUAACUUUAAAUAGUUAAGUUUAAUUUGCGAUACACUAAUCAACGGCGAACUUUAGAACGUUUAAAGAAAGUACUAUCCGGCAGAUAGCGCUAUCCGCCCUCGAUCUUUCUUACAAAGACAUGAAUGUUUUACUAUCACCCAUGCAUAACUUAAAGAUUUAACCUGCACUGUUCAUUUUCCUAGGUGGCAGAGCUUAAACGGUUAAUUGCAGUCGCAAAGAAGACGCUGCCAAAAAAGAAAUCCAUGGACGAUGAGCUUGUUACAACUCAAAUCCAGGUUUGUUGGCGUACGUGUGUUGUGGUAGAAUACUGCACUUUCCUUUUGUCCAUAGCAGUGGGUUGACCAUACAAAGAACUGCGACUCCUUUUUGGAAAAAUUCCACACAUGCAUUACUUUGGGACAGCAUGCUUCGCGUGCUUCUAUUUAGUCAUAAAUUACUCUAAUGCAUGCAUGUUAAAACAUUUUUGUAGUUCCCAUACGUUCAUGCAGUUGCUGGAUAGUGAGGCUAAAGGCUGUUAUAAAUUAAAGAGUUUGUUUGCAAUGUACGUUUCACCAUACUCAUUGCUGGACGUAACCUUUUCCAGUAGUUGCAAUGUCAACAGGUCUCACAUGCAGUACUUACAGUAAUACUGUGUAUAUGCUAGAUAACUAUACGUUAUUUUAUUAUUUUUAUUUUAAUACCUUAAUAUUUGUAUCCAUAUUUAUUGUAUAGUUGCUUCUUUGUCGAGAUCACUUGUUGGAUUUGGAAAAACAACUUGAGACUCCGUCAGAAGAUGGUAGAAUUAGAGUAUUGAAGGGUGAUGAUCCUAAACCAGAUGAACUAACUGCAAAAGUUGAAGAGGUAAUUUAUCCAGUGAGAGUGGAGGUGAAGUGAAAUAACAACGGGGAAAUUGCUAAUCUGAAAUUAAAUAACGGGAAUAUUGCUGAACUCACGCAUGUAUAGAUAAAAAAUUUAGUCGGUCCAAAAAAAGGCUCUAUUCUCUGAGGAGUGACAUCGAUCCUUGAGUAUAGUGUGCAAUUGACCUUAGAAGUCCUUACGUCAUGUCACUGCCAAACAGUGAAUAUUUGAUCACAUGUAUCCAACAUCGCAUUGCGUACACCUAAUGUUUAGAUGAAUUGAAAAUUGCGCGACGUAAACACUUCUAGAGUCAAUUCGUGAUAUAAUAUUUGCUUUCAUUCAGUGGACAAUUCAUGAUUAGAACAAUUUCUUUCAAUGUGUUGGUUAAUCAAUUUGUCCAACAUUUAAUGGUUAGAAAGUUGUUCACUUUGUACUCAAUAUUUAUUGUUAUAGUUGGAAUUCCGACUCGCAGAAAAAGAGGAGAAACUGCUGGAGAAAGCUUUGAUAUUUGAGGAAGUAAAUAGAUUAUCAGAGAGAACUAAGAAGAAAGCCGAGACGGGGAAAGAAGAUACGUUGAACCUAGCAAAGAAGGUAACUAGGCAUAUAGAAGACUUACAUAUUACACAAAUAAUGAUCAGAUAAUAUAAUAAAGAUAUGCUGCAUAACAUGUUUGACUUGUGUGGCUCGGUUCUCAUGUCACCCAACCUUUAAUAAAUCUACAGUCUUCCUAUAUAGUGCCAUCAUACAUGUAAUCCAAAUUUCAAGAUGUCAUCAUGAGCGCAUGCUCAAGAAUAAGUGCUUGUAUUUUCUUGCCAUGAGAUGCAUUCUUUUUUCGUUAAUUUAAUUUAAGGUAAACGAGUUUCAAGGGAAGAUUAAAGCAACAACAAGAAAGAUGAUGGCAAUGGUCUCUGAACUAUCUAUGAAUCAGGUGUGUUCUCAGUAAAAUCAUUUUUGUGGACAUAUGCAUUUCUCAAAUAAGAGAUUGAAUCCGUUUGACGUACAUGAAGUAUUCACUAACCGCUGCUUGUGUCCGAACAAACUGCAAAAGUAUUCGUUCAGAGCUGCAGAUGAUUCCGAACGAACGAAAUCACGCCCAAAAAAUGAACGAUGCCCAACUUUGCUGGAAACAUCGCAAUUCCGAAUGAAAUGGUGUUUUUUAUUGGGUUGAUUAAAUUUCAGUAGAGCAUAAUAAAUAUGAAAAGAAAAAAUGUUUGCUCAUAUCCACUGUAAUAAUCACGCACAAAUGAAAAGUUUACUCCUGUGCAAACGAAACCUAUAGUAUUAUUUUAAGACGCUUUUCUUGGUGUUUCUCGAUGACAGGCAAGUGCUAUGAAAUUACAACAAGAAGUGAAAGAAAAGGAAGCAUUACUUGAACAGUGUUAUAUAAGAAUGGAGAGCGGAGAAGCUCCAGAUGAAGAAGCUGAGAAAGCAUGGAUGAAAAUGUUGCGAGAUCAACAGCGAAAAAAACAGGAGAAGAUUCGACGUGCUGAGGUAAAUCGUUAUACCCCUUCUCUUUAAGAUUUACAUUAUUCCAUUAGUAAGGUUAAAAAGUUUGUUUUUCUGUAUUGUAAAAUAACACUCGAGAUAACUCUUGAUACUCGAGAUAACUCUAACAGGUUUUUGACCCUUUCAUGUACGGGACUUAUUAGGGACGUUCAGAUUUGACUACUACUAGCAUUAAUGGACCAUUAACCAAUCGGAUGCGUUUGAUAUAUCCGAUUAACCAAUCAGAUGCGUACUAAGCCAGUGACAGGUGGUGGUUUUCAAAUCUAAACCUCUCUAUUAUAUGAAUUCGAGCGAGACUUGGAGCCUGUUGUCCAUUUAAAUAAAAGCCGCCACUUCUAGCAAGUAAUGAAAAUUUGCAUUGACAUUGGUGAAAGAAGUCUGAUCAUUUCUGUCUUUGGUUCUUUAAAAAGAAACUGAAAAUGGUUCCAUUCCUUAUACGUUAUAGAAACGCAGUUUUGUAUAAUUCCAACCACCGGUAACAACUAUAGGUAGUCAAGUUACAUAUUCUGUAAAAACGCUCAGCUUGCUCACUGUUUAUACUGUUUAUCAGGCUUGCAUGCAUGGUAAACUAUUUUUCUUCUUGACAGCAAAACCUAAAAGUAAAAAUUUCGUGUGUAAACUGAAUGCAAAACUUCCCUAAUGCAUACAAGGAUUAAAGAACGCUCAAGCUUUCGUCUAAUAUUGAUGCAUACUAAAAUGUCGACGUUGCUUUUCAUUAAAAUUUACUGCCAGUGUGUAGAUACAUAGUAAAUAUUUCUUGUAUUUUCUUAUAUAUAGGUCGAAGCCCUUCAGGAACAAUACAAGAUUGCAGGUGAUGUAUAUACAACAGCAGAACCUCGUCCUAAUGCAUAUAUUCCAGAUGAUGAUGCAGAAUUGCCUAUACCUCGUCCUUACGGUGCUCUUGCUCCAUUCAAACCCUCUGAACCAGGCUCAUCCAUGAGGCAUGUUAGAAAACCUGCUAUUAAACCUAUUGAAAUUUAAAUUAUAGCGCUUGUUGUUUUUUAAUAGAUCUAAUCAGCUGUGUGUAAAUUAGAUGGAUGUGUAAUAAAUUAUAUGUUAUAUAUGUUUUGAUUUGUGGAAAUUGUAUGUUGUUAUUAUACAAUGCAGUCACUACGUGUUUUCUGAUUGGUCAAUAGCUAAAUAUGGAAAUCACGCACAGUAUAUGUAGGCUGAACCCGCGCGGUAUGUAAUUUUAUAACCUUAAGCGGUAGUUUUAAAUACAGGAAUAAAAACAAAGAAAACGUAAACGAACGGCGUUUUUGUGAAUGUUUUUAUUUAAAAGCAGACAUUUUUCACAUUUUUAUCGCAUAGUCAUACUGUAUAUAGUAGGCC